AUGAGAAAGCCCACCAUAAUCUACGGCUCUUCCUCUCUUUUUUCUAUCUUAUAUUUUAUUAUCAACUCUCUUUUUCUCUCUCUCAUUUUCAUCAACCCUUACCCAUCUGACACUCUUUCAAUAUCCUCCAACCCUUACCCAUCUCAAACUCUUUGUUCUUUCUUUUCCUCUUCCUUUUUUAUCAAUAUUCUCACACCCUCUCCAUUCUUUCUCACAUUUGAAAUUCUCCUCCAACACCCAUCUCAAACUCUUUGUUCUUUCUUUUCCUCUUCCUUUUUUAAAUUAUCAAUAUUCUCACUUUCUCCAUUCUUUCUCACAUUUGAAAUUAGCAAUAUCCUCCAACCCUUACCCAUCUCAAACUCUUUGUUCUUUCUUUUCCUCUUCCUUUUUUCUCAAAUUAUCAAUAUUCUCACACCUUUCUUUCUCCAUUCUUUCUCACAUUUUUUCUCACAUUUGAUUACAAUAUCCUCCAACCCUUACCCAUUUCUCUCUUCUUUCUUUUUCCUCUUCCUUUUAAAUUAUCAAUAUUCUCCAAUUUCUCCAUUCUUUCUCACAUUUGAAAUUAGCAAUAUCCUCCAAACCCAUCUCAAACUUUUGUUCUUUCUUUUCCUCUUCCUUUUUAAAUUAUCAAUAUUCUCACACCCUUUGCUUUCUCCAUUCUUUCUCACAUUUGAAAUUCAAUAUCCUCCAACCCUUACCCAUCUCAAACUCUUUCAAUAUCCUCCAACCCUUACCCAUCUCAAACUCUUUGUUCUUUCUUUUCCUCUUCCUUUUAAAUUAUCAAUAUUCUCACACUCAUUCUUUCUCAUUUCCUCCAUUACCCAUCUUUCUCACCUUUCCUUUUUAAAUUAUCAAUAUUCUCCACCCUUGAUUUCUCCAUUCCCAUCUCAAACUCUUUUUGUUCUUUCUUUUCCUCUUCCUUUUAAAUUAUCAAUAUUCUCACACCCUUGUUUUCUCCAUUCUUUCUCACAUUUGAAAUUAAUAUCCUCCAAUUAUCUCAAACUCUUUCAACUCACACCCUUGAUUUCCCAUCUUUCAAACUUUUUGUUCCUUUCAAACUCUUUUUCCUCUUUUCCUUUUUUUUUAAUUAUCAAUAUUCUCUUCUUUUUUCUCCAUUCUUUCUCACAUUUGAAAUUUUCAAUAUCCUCCAACCUUACCCAUCUCAAACUCUUUGUUCUUUCUUUUUUCCUCUUCCUUUUUAAAUUAUCAAUAUUCUCACACCCUUGCUUUCUCCAUUCUUUUCUCACAUUUGAAAUUAGCAAUAUCCUCCAACCCUUACCCAUCUUUCUUUCAAUAUCCUCCAACCCUUACCCAUCUCAAACUCUUUGUUCUUUCUUUUCCUCUUCCUUUUUAAAUUAUCAAUAUUCUCACACCUUUUUUCUCCAUUCUUUCUCACAUUUGAAAUUAGCAAUAUCCUCCAACCCUUACCCAUCUCAAACUCUUUUGUUCUUUCUUUUCUCUUCCUUUUUAAAUUAUCAAUAUUCUCACACCUUUUUGAUUUCUCAUUCUUUCUCACAUUUGAAAUUAGUAAUAUCCUCCAACCCUUACCCAUCUCAAACUCUUUGUUCUUUCUUUUCCUCUUCCUUUUUUAGUAUCAAUAUUCUCACACCCUUGAUUUCUCCAUUCUUUCUCACAUUUGGAUUAUCCUCAACCCUUACCCAUCUCAAACUCUUUGUUCUUUCUUUUCCUCUUCCUUUUAAAUUAUCAAUAUUCUCACACCUUUUUUCUCCAUUCUUUCUCACAUUUUUAGCAAUAUCCUCCAACCCUUACCCAUCUCAAACUCUUUGUUCUUUCUUUUCCUCUUCCUUUUUUUUUAUCAAUAUUCUCACACCCUUGAUUUCUCCAUUCUUUUUCCUCACCCAUUUCUUUCUUUUUUAUCAAUAUUCUCCAACCCUUUCCCAUUCUUUCAAACUCUUUCCAACCAUACCCCAUUCAAACUCUUUGUUCUUUUUUCCUCUUCCUUUUAAAUAA